AUGGCGUCCCACGUCGUCGUCCUAGAUGCUGCCUUCAAGCGCGUCCAGGUCAAGGUCACGCCCGCCACUUCUCUACGCACCGUCCUCGAGCAAGCAUGCGACAAGUUCCAACUUGACCCCGAUCAACACAUCCUCAAGAACACAAAGGACAAGUCUAUAGAUCUCUCCCUACCUUUCCGCCUUUCCGGCCUCGUCUCAGGCGCAAAGCUCCAGCUCGUCCAGUCCUCCCGCUCUCCCUCAGCUGUCAAAGUCGCCCUACAGCUACCAGCCGAAGACAACUUGCCACGUUUGGAAGACCACUUCGCCAGCAAUACUCCGCUCUGGCUCAUUCUACGCAAGUUCGAAGAUGGCGUGGCUGGAAAUACAAGCAAGCUCAAUCUCACCGAGCGAAGUGCUCCAAGUUCAGAGACUGGUAGUGGCUACCUCUGCUAUCUACAACCAUGUCUCAAUAUCGGAGGCAACGCAAAAGAGCUAUCUUCCUUUCUCGACCUACAGAAAUCUCUCGCCCAGCUUGGCCACAAUCGCGGAAAUGUCCUGAUCAGGUUGUCUUUCAAGAACGAAGGCGUGCGCAUGGAAGAGGCCAAGGCCCAGAUCACAACAUAUAUACAAGCUCUGUCGCCUCAGGAACCUGGCCAAGUGCAAGAUAUUCCAUCAAGUGGUGCCCAUGCAGCUCCUGAUGUUCAGAUGUCCUCAGUCCCAGAUGCUGACGCCGACACCUCUGAUGUACCACGUGAGGACGAGGCUGCCCAAGACCUGUCAGAAGACUCCAUCAUGUCUCCUGCACCCGGGCUCGCUCCUGUCGAACAAUCAGCACAAGAAGACGGUGUGAUGGCAUCAUCUUCAGCCACACAGUUGCCUCCAGCUGAGAGCCAAUCCCCUUCUCUAGCCUCCGGAAUCUCAGUCUAUGCUGCUCCAUCUGGCGAUACCCCAUUUGCUGCAACACAGGCACACAACGAAGCCGAUUACCUCCCUUCGGUCGAACAUGCUCAUGCCCAUCAAGCUAGCCUCUUGAGAAAGGGUAGAAACACGCGUCUUCCAUCUGACAGAGAAAUAGCCGAGAAGAGGGCAGCUAAAGCAGCUGAAAUCAGAGAUAUUGAGUUUGUAACUCUUCGCAUUCGCUUCCCAGACAUGAUGCAGGUGGAAUGGCGCGCAACGCCGAACGAUACAUCAGAGUCUCUUUACACCAAGGUCAAGGAGAUGCUUGACGACUCUUCCCUCAAAUUCAAGUUGCAGAUCGCAGGUUUCCAGAUGAAGGCGCUCAUCUUCGACCCAACAAGUCGACAGAAAUUGAUCAAGGAUCUUGGCAUCAAAGACCGUUCCCUCAUAACUUUCGUCUGGGACGACAGUGUAGAUAAGGAUACUCGUGAUCGACCUUUACUGAAACAGGCAUUGAGAGGUCAAGCAAAAGAGUUGCAAGUAAAGGAGCCAGCCGCACCAGAAGAGGUCAAGCAAGCACCGGCUCCUCAAAUCGAAGAACCCAAGAAGAAGUCUACACUUUCCAGGGCAGAGAGGGAAGCCAAGCUUGCGAAGAUGAUGGGCUUUGGCAAGAAGAAAUAG